AUGGACAAAGGACUCUUUACGGGAGUAGUUAUGAUCGACCUGCGCAAAGCUUUUGAUGUAGUGGAUCAUGCAUUGCUCCUAAGGAAACUAGAAAUAUGUGGUCUUGAUUUUAACACUCUGAAAUGGUUUCAAAGUUAUUUAGAUGGAAGAUCUCAAAAGGUAUGCAUUGAUGGAAUGUUAUCAAAGCCGCUUCUUAUCGAAUCCGGCGUGCCUCAAGGAAGUAUCUUGGGCCCUGCUUUAUUUUUAAUAUUUAUUAAUGACUUACCUUUAGCACUUGCCAAUAACAUUGGCCUUUAUGCAGACGACUCCACUCUCUACGCUUCAGGUUCCACCUUACCUGAAGUUGAGGAGAAACUUAAGCCUGAUCUUAUCGACGUCUCAACAUGGGUUAAAGAUAAUAAAAUGAAACUACAUCAAUCGAAAACAAAGUAUAGCAUUAUUUGUAGUUGUCAGAAAUUAGCUAACUCCUUGAGUCAAAGCCUCAAUCUAACUUUUGAUGGGGAACCAAUAACCCAGGUAAAAUCUGAGCGUGUUUUGGGAGUGUAUAUCGAUAACCAUCUCACUUGGUCUACCCAUAUUGAAAAAUUACAUCAGAAAUUGCUCAAAAGAAAAGCUGUCUUAGCUAGA